GUAUGAAAUAUCCCUGGCAGAUGAAAACCCUGUGGUGGGGAAGGCUGAGUCAAAAGGCUAUAUAGAAGCCUCUCUUAUUUGCGCCUAUCCCCCCAGCCUCCGGCCAUCUCUGACGGGUAACAAACCGAGCUAACGAGCUAAAGAGCCGAGGGAAAGAGGAAGAGGGUGCAUCGCCGCCCGCUUGGGAUCGUUUUAGAAGAAAAAGCAGGCGAGAAGUGCCCCCGCGCGCUCAGCUUUCCAGAUCCUGCUCAGCGCCCGUUUCAUUUCCCUCGCACCCCGAAGCCCCGCAAACGGUUAACUCAACUGACAUGCAGAAAGUCAACCGAGCUGGGAAGUCUGCUGUGCAUGUUAAUUGAGGCGAAAGGGAUAACUGUUUACAGGAUGGUCUAGUAGUGGCUGCCCUUCCUCCUUCCUUCCUUCCUUCCUUUCUUCCUCCCUCUCUCCCUCCCUCCUCCUCCUCCUCUCGCGGCUCACUGGGAUGGUUACCGCUGCUGUUUCCUUUGGACCGAGGAUUUUCACUUCCCGGGACUAGAGAGCUACGCGGGAGUGAGUUGCCCUUCUCGGAGGAGGUGGGGGGGAAAAAUAAAAAAGGGAAGGGAAGGGAAGAAAAGUCUGCGCUUCGGGAAGAAGGGAAGGGAAUUUCUCUCGGAACGGCUGCUCCUGUGCCAAUAACCGACUUUGUCAGUGGGUGUAGCUGCUGUGCAGACGCUGUUGGAUUACCAUGAAGCUCUGGAUAAUCGCAUUAAGUUUAUUGGGGGCUGCUUGUGAUGUGCUCUAUUCUGAACUAGCAUCAUCUUCAACUGUUGGCUCUUGCGAAGACUUGUGUUUUUGUGAAGAAAAAGACAGCAUCUUAAUUAUAAGCUGUGAAGAAAGAGGCAUCAAGGAGAUAUCUCAAGUACAUAUUCCACCAUCCCGGCCUUUCCAACUUAGUCUUUUAAACAAUAGUUUGACUAUGUUACAGGUCAACGAUUUUGCCAGCUUUAUCAAUGCGAUCACAUUGCACCUUGGCUUUAACUACAUUGUAGAUAUUGAACCAGGGGCAUUUAAUGGGCUAAGUCUCCUUAAACAACUCCAUAUCAACCACAAUUAUUUAGAAAUACUUAAGGAAGACACCUUCCAUGGACUAGAAAACCUGGAAUUCCUUCAAGCAGACAACAAUUUCAUCACAAUAAUUGAAUCAAGUGCCUUCAGCAAACUCAACAGGCUUAAGGUGCUUAUUUUAAAUGACAAUGCCAUUGAAUUCCUUCCUCCCAAUGUAUUUCGCUUUGUUCCAUUAACUCACCUGGACCUUCGAGGGAACCAACUACAAACAUUACCUUAUGUCGGUUUUUUAGAACACAUUGGCCGAAUCCUAGACCUUCAGCUAGAAGAUAACAAAUGGAUCUGUAAUUGUGACCUACUGGAGUUAAAGAGCUGGUUAGAAAACAUGCCUCCUCAGUCCAUAAUAGGGGAUGUUGUAUGCCACAACCCUCCCAUAUUGAAAGGUAACAUUUUAAGCAGAUUAAAAACAGAAUCACUCUGUCCAACUCCACCCUCAAAUGACCUUGAUUCUCCAUCAGGGUCAUUGCCUUUGGUGAUUACAACAUCAGUAAGUGAUAGUCAUUCCUCAACCAAGGUGAUUCCUAUUUUUAAAACUCCCACCAAGGAAUCCAGUUUAACACCUGGAGUUACAAAACCAGCUACUCUUUUUCCUGGAGUAUAUUGUCCUAUACCUUGCCAGUGCACCAGCAAUAUCCUUUCAGGGAUUUUGAUGCAAUGUCAGGAACAAAACAUUGAAAGCUUGUCAGAUUUAGGUCCUCCUCCUCCCAAUCCUAAAAAGUUGAUUCUCGCCGGAAAUAUAAUCCAGACAUUACUGAAAUCAGAUCUUGUGGGUUAUCACAGUCUAGAAAUGCUUCAUUUGGGAAACAAUCGUAUCGAGAUGUUAGAAGCAGGAUCCUUUAUAAAUCUCACUGAAUUGCAAAAAUUAUAUCUCAAUGGCAACCACCUCACCAAACUAAGCCGUAAUUUGUUUUUAGGCCUGCAGCGACUUGAGUAUUUGUAUCUUGAAUAUAACGCCAUCAAGGAGAUUUUACCUGGUACUUUUAGUCCAAUGCCAAAACUUAAGGUCCUAUAUCUAAAUAACAACCUCCUCCAAACUUUACCAUCUCAUAUCUUUUCUGGAGUUCCACUAGCCAGGCUGAAUUUGAAAACCAACCAGUUUUCCCAUUUGCCCAUCAAAAAUGUCUUAGAUGAUCUAGAUCUACUAGUACAAAUUGAAUUAGAAGACAACCCCUGGGAUUGCACUUGUGAUUCGGUCAGGCUACAACAAUGGAUACAAAAACUAAACAGGAAUACAAUGAUGGGAGAAAUUCUCUGUACCUCUCCAAGACAUCUAGCUAAAAAGGAACUGAAAUCUCUGACCAAUGAUAUGUUAUGUCCCACUUUAAUGAACAGUCCAGCUCUCCCAACUCAUCCUAGCUUCCUAAUCAUCACAACAUCACCAACUACCACCAGUACAGCGGAUACUAUUCUGAAAUCCCUCACCGAUGUUAUCCCUCUCUCUGUUUUAAUUCUGGGGCUCUUGAUUGUGUUUAUAACAAUGAUUUUUUGUGCAGCUGGCAUUGUUGUUCUUGUUCUACAUCGACGGAGGCGGCAUAAAAAGAAACAAACAGAAGAACAAAUGCGGGACAACAACCCAGUUCAGCUUCAAUACAGCAUGUAUGGUCAUAAAACAACACACCAUACUACCGAACGUCCAGCCUCAACUUUGUAUGAACAACGCAUGAUCAGCCCCAUGGUUCAAGUUUAUCAAAGCCCAUCUUUCAACUCCAAAUUUGCAGGUCAUCAAGAUGAAAGGAAUGAUAAGGAGGGGAAUGAUUCCAAACUCCUUCGGCGAAGCCUCUUAGAAAGGGAGCACUCCUCCCCUCUCACUGGUGGUCCAAAUGUCAAGUACAAAGCGACAGACCAACCGGCUGAUUUUUUGUCCUUCCAGGACACAAGCUCCUUGUAUAGGAACAUUCUUGAGAAGGAGCGAGAACUCCAACAACUGGGGAUAACGGAAUAUCUUCGGAAAAGCAUUGCUCAGCUACAUCCUGAGAUGGAAGUACAUUAUCCAAGAGCUCACGAAGAGCUAAAGCUCAUGGAGACACUUAUGCUCUCGCGGCCGAGAAAAGUUUUACUAGAACAGACUAAAAAUGAAUAUUUUGAGCUCAAGGCCAACCUGCAUGCUGAACCUGAUUACUUGGAGGUUUUGGAGCAGCACACAUGAAACGAAAGACCACCUUUGAAGGCUUUGAAUCAGAAACUCUUAGGUUUGUCUUACAUUUGAGAACUUUGUAAAUAAAAGUGCCUUAUAAUAAUGUGUCACCAAUCAGAACUUUUAAGCACAGCAGUAAUCUGAGUGAAAAGAAACUCUCAGGGAUAACUGUGUGAAGCCAUGGGAAAGUUUUCAGGCUCUGUAUAUCUUACCCCCCAUUUUAAAUGUGAACUUUGUACAACUGGAUUCUCAGAAGAAAUUCAGUUUGCUUGGCCAUAUUCCUCUAGGUGUGUAUUGCAGUCCCUAAUGUUUCUUUCUUUCUUUCUUUCUUACUUACUUUUAAUUGUUGGUUUUGCUAAACAGACUUUUAAAGCAUUUGUUUCUUCGGUUCCCUUUUUAUUUUUCCCAUGUAGGCAAUAUUUAAUUAAAAACCUACAAGGAUCUUCUUAGCCAGCUGCUAGAAAGUAGGGAAUGUUAUCUAUGGAUGAGUCCAUAUAUAUGAACAAAUUCUACAUGGCAGUAGUACAUAAUAAUUAUAAAGAAAACUAUAUGUUUUUUGUUUCAAAACGGGGAAAAAAAUCAUUUGUGAGCUUCCAAGGACUGCAGUAUUUAGGUAUCUUUAAUUUGGAAUGAGGUUGGAAUGGGAAAGUGGUAUAUUAUGCCAGAAUUUAAAAGAUAUAAUGGAAACCUUUUGUUACUUUCCCUCGAUGGCAUUUUUAAUCACCUUUUGGGACAAUCUUCAAUAUAAUGCUGCUAUAUAGACUCCUGUGCGACAUUGGAUUGACACUUAUACUUGGGAAGUUUGAAACGCUACUGAGAAUUUAAUGUAAAUAUAUUAGUAUAUUGAUGCACCCAAUUUUUAUUUUUAUUUUUUACUGUAUUUAUAUGAUUGGCUCCCGGUGGUAAUUUUUGAUAACAUCACUUUGCUGUGGCCAGUAAAUUUCAGACUUCAAGUCAGACAAGAAAUAAGCCAUCAGAACUUGUUUCUGGCUGUGAACACUCUGACUUUGCCAUAGUGACAUGGCAGAAGAACAUUUCUCAGCCAUCAUCCCCCCCCCAACCCCACCCCAAAAGUCUGGUUUAAACAUGGUAGGUCACAAACCUAGGAAGUUGCAUUGAGAUUAAUUAUUGCAAUCUUAUGGAUACAUGCUUAGAUAUGUGCUUUUGCAACAUUUGUAUGGGUAAGCUAAUGUUGCACACAUAGAUGUCAGUGGCUAACCAUCUAAAGGUUAGCAAGCCCUGCAGAACUCCACAGCUUGGUGUGUAUAGAAUUGUGGUCAAGUUUAAAUACAACGAUGUUCUUUGUCAUACUUGAUCUGACGUGUAAACACAGCUCACAUUUAAUGUGGCCUAAUCUACAGUCCUAACUUUGCUUCUGAGAAGAAGAAAACCGUUCAAUCCAAUUCUGACAAUUUCACAAGUCUGUCUCUGUGUUUUUAAACACAGAUUUGCUGCACUCACAAUUUAGAUUUGUGUGUGCGUGCGUGCACGUGAGUGUGUGUGUGUGAGAGAGAGAGAACAAUAAAGUGUAAGCAGCACAGCAAAUCUGUAGAGAUCAAUGGAACGUAGCACUAAAAUAAUGUUUCGAAUUAAGAAGACAAGAAGCAGGACAAAUUUAUUUUACUAUAAAGUUUAGUUAGAAUUAUUUCUAUUAUUUAUUCUGUACAAUUUGUAUCUUUUAAGUUUGAAAUUACAGUUAUUAUUCUUGGGUGCCUUUCAAGCAAAUCAAAGAACUUAAUCAUGAUAAAUAAAACUGACAAUAAAGGGAUCCUUUUUUAAAAAAAAAAAAACCACGCUUCUUUGUAUUAAGACUCUCUUUUUAAUUUCUCUCUCUCUCUCUUUUUUAAAGUAAGCUCUGCAUGCAUGAGUUCAGAUCCAUUCUGAAAUCAAAUUGGAGUCUCCUGUCCGUUGCCAUGCAUACAGAAGUGUCUUGUUCUGGGGGCAAGACGGCAGUUAAAUCCCAGUGUAUGAUUGAAAAAAUGCCAAAAUGGUAAUUUGACCUGCAUUUCCCCUCCUGAUUAAGUUACUCUUUUUGUAAACCCGCCACCCUUUGAUAAAUAUCUCCUUACGCACUUUUGGGCUGAAAAAUCAGAGCCUGGUAGCAUCUUCUCUUAAAGAUCCCAAUAAUUAUUAGCUGGGAAAUAUCUAUAUAACUUACGAUAGUCAGACUUAUGAAUGGCAUCUACCAUAAAUAAAUAAUUUUAAUAGUGUCCCUACUGAUUGCUUACAUAGUAACUUUGGCUUCGAUGUAAAGUAUUGAUUUGUGUAGAGAAAGUUCAUCCCUGGAAAGUAAAGAAGAAAGACAUUAACAUCAAAUUUAUUUCAUUUAUUUAUCUGAUGUUGUACUACAGAAAGCAUACUACGGUAUAUCUUCAUAUCUGCUUGACUACUUAUUUAUGUUUGCACUGGGUUUUUGUUAAUAUAUUCUAAAUCGAUAUUCUCCUACUGGUACCUCCAAGAAUGUUGGGCAACAACUC